AAUGAAGCAUUGAAGAUGGAAGAAGGUUCCGAGAAUGCUGAUACGAACACGCAGAACGUCAAAUUCAUCGAUACCUUGAUCACGCAAUGGAUGAAGUACACAGGAAACACGGUUUCGCAUCAAACGGAGGAGGUGACGGAAAGUGCGAGCACGCAGGAAAACACUCACCAGGCUCUGCAGAAGCGGGACCGUGUUAUUCACGACCUGAGGCGGAAGCUGAAGGAAAGCCAGGAAGCGGCAGCCUUUUUGUCCACCUCCUUGGAAACGGAAACGCGCAACAAGGCGGAGAUUCGGAUCAAAUUAAACGCGACUUGGGAAACCAUUGAGACUAUCACAGAAUAUUUCAACUACAUCAGUGAGAGUCUGACCAGCUUUGAGCAGCAUCGCAUUAAUUUGUCUGCUCUUUACGAUGGGGUGAUUCACAAGCAGCAGGAAGAUAUCAAGAAGAUGCAAUUAAACAGCUCAAAAUCAAAAGAUUUAGAGGAUCACGUUACGCAUUUGAAAAAUGAAUUGCUACUACGAGAAAAAAGACUACAAGAGACGAUGACGGAGCAGAAUAAAUUAUGCAAACAACUGGAAAACGUCCAAUACGAAUUACAAUUGCAGAAGAACCAAUUGAAUAUGUCUACCCAAGAAAAGCUGAAAGAACAGCAGUGCUUAUCAUUGGAAAACGAAAAUUUAAAAUCGCGACUGAAGACAAUUGAAAAAGAAAAUUACGACAUCGCGAAAUCGGCUGCGCAAUUGGAAAACAAAUUGCUACUUCAAGAAAAGAAGAUGCAAGAUGUCUUGACAGAGCAGAAUAAAUUACAAAAACAAGUGGAAAAUACCGAGCGCGAAUUGCAUUUGCAGAAAAGUAAAUUGACCAAUGCACAUGCUGAAGAAAAGAUAAAUCUUGUCAAGGAAAAACAAGAAUUGUUAUCGGAAUUCGCAAGUUUACAAUCACGAAUAAACAUACUGGAGCAAGAUAAAACUAACAUCACAGAAACAAUCGCACAAAAAGAUGAACUUCUUUCAAAAUUUCAGGACGAAAUUUUUACGUAUAAAAAUCAAAUCGAAAUGAUGCAGACAAAUAAUCACAAUACGUUUACUAAAUGUGAGGCAUUGAUAGAAAAACAAAAUAUGUUGGAGAAAGACUUGCGUACAAAAACGGAAAGGAUGCAAAAUUUAGAAACAGUAUUAAACACACUAAAGCAAAGAGAGAGCAAACUCAUUAAUGAUAUAAACAGGAUGGAGAAGAAAUUGACUACUGAGAUGAAUUAUUCUAAGGAUCUCACAAAUAAGCUUUCGAAAGCGCAGGAGGACUUGCAGCUUGCGCAGAAUCAAAAUAAGGAGACGCAAAAAACGUUAGAAAUGACUAAGAAAGACAGCAAAUUUGCCAAUAAGGAACUUCAACAACAAUUAAAGGCUCUUAAAACGGAGAAUGGAGAACUUUUAAAACGAGAAAAUACGAUGAGUAAGUCCGCGCAAGUUUUGUAUGAAAACGCGCAAGCCAAGCAUGCCGAAGAAGUGUCGGCCUUGAAGAGCGAUUACGAAAUGCAAUUAUUGGAGUCGAAGAAGACGAUAGAUUCCCUGCACGAGACGAUUAAUAAUGUUAGGGAAGAAAAUACCAAGCUGAAUAAGACAUUGAUAAAAAUAAGAGCGGAGAACAACACGUUGAAGAGCGAUAAUAAAUUGACUAUGUCGCGUAAUGAGGAUUUCCAAAAUAAAUUAAAAGAAGCCACGGAAGCGUUGCAGAUGAAGUCGACCGAGAAUCGAAAAAGAAUGAAUUUGCAAUGUCUCAGCCUGCUCAAGAGGCAGAAGUUACGUCAGUUGGAAGGAAGUUUUUCAAGUCGCGUUCCAGUCAACCGCGAUCACACUAUAGACAACCCUCUUACGUUGUUGGACGGAUUUCUCCCCCGACUUAGCCACGGUGGUUGCGUGGUUCACGCCGAAAGUAUAAAAAGCCCGCGGCUAAGAGGGCCCCGGCACUUCAGUCUUUUCAAAAAUAUCGUAAGCAUGGCUCUAGAACGUCAAGUGCGCGCUAAGAUUGCAUCAAAACGCAAUCCGGAGCAAGAGAAGGAGGCGCAGGAAUGGAUCGAGUCGAUCAUUGGCAAGAAGUUUCCCCCUGGUGAGACCUUCGAGGAGGUGCUGAAGGACGGCCAGGUCCUCUGCCACUUGAUGAACAAAAUCUCCCCUGGAUCGGUACCGAAGAUCAAUACCACCGGCGGACAAUUCAAGAUGAUGGAGAAUAUCAAUCUGUUCCAAAAGGCUCUAAAGGAUUAUGGGGUGGAUGACGUGGACGUUUUCCAAACUGUGGACCUGUGGGAAAAGAAGGACAUCGCGCAAGUGGUGACGACCCUGUUCGCUCUUGGCCGAACGACGUACAAGCAUCCCGAAUGGCAAGGACCUUAUCUGGGACCGAAACCCGCGGAUGAGUGCAAACGUGAGUUUACGGAGGAACAAUUGAGGGCUGGCGAGUCGGUGAUCGGACUUCAAGCUGGUUCCAAUAAGGGCGCGACUCAAGCCGGCCAAAGCAUCGGUGCUACCCGUAAAAUUCUUCUCGGAAAGUAAAUUAAAAAUUCUCGGCGCAGUUGCUUUUACUAUAUACACAUCUUCUCUUCCACGUUUUAGAGCUAAAAAUCGCACACUUUUCUAUAUGUGUAUGUACAUAAAUAUGCGUAUAUAUCUAUAUAUAUAUAUAUAUUUUAUUUUACUUUUGUAAUUAAAUGAUAGGUAGCUACCAGAUUUACUGAUCCGCCUUUUCAUUUUACUUCGUAAAAUAGCCACUGUAUCAUCAAGAUAGCAAACGUGUCAUCUCAUAAUAAGGCCUAUAUCUUAGUUAAUCGAAAGAUAGAAAGGUAGAAAGAGAGAGAAAAGGAGUGCGUCUCUUAGCAGAUAAAGAUAAUACUCGUACAAUAUGAUAAAUGAAUUUUUAUAAUUAAACGAGAUAUGUACUAUCUCGUUAAAUCAAAUCAAAUCUUUGAUGUUUUCAUGUCUCGAAAAAUGUACAAUGUCGAUGACAGAUAUGUGUAGUUUCAAAGCACUCGAAUUGUUAUUUAAUUGAUCAAUGACAGAUGCGCGUUUUGAUUGUUCUCUAAAGGAUUCCAAAUAAAAUUAUUAUUAGUUUUAUCCAUCGGAGAUAAAUAGAGAUUUCCUUCCCUUUUCCAGAAUUUUAAUCAAGUCAAUUAAAUUUUAAUCAAGUUA